ACGUCGUUCUCGAGCAUCGUGUCUAAUAUCCUUUACUAUCCUUUAGGAACCUUAACUAUCUCGUUUCCGAUUCAAGGUCAACGGUAAGUGUCCGGUAAAGUAACAUUUGAUCAAGUGCAACAAAUGGAAAGAUCGGUAAAAAAGGAUUUACGAUCACGCUCGAUUAUCGUUGAUAAUCUGUCAAGUCGCUGAAGAGAAGUGCAAAAGCAUCGAGUGAGCGGGAAAGAGCCAACCGGGUGUGAGUUUGGGGUGCGGGUUGGUAGGCCAAGGAGUCGUGAUAUGUUUCCUUCGUCAGCGGCGAUGCUGAAGAAUCUGCAACAAAGUGCAAUGACCUCGCCCUUUUUGAUGGAGAAUCUGCUCCAGAGUAAGGCAUCGCCCGGCGCUGAUCUGACCAGCUUGACCUUGAACUGGGCAGCGAGUUUGGUCGCGAGACAACGCGAAAGAGAGUGCGAGGCGAACCUGAGGAUCUCUCGGGAGAAGGUGUCGCCUUCGAGCGCGAAUCAGGAACAGUUGGAUCAACGCGGAUCCUCGGCUGGUCCACGUGGUUCCGAUCGAGGGAAUCCGAUGAUCGACUGCAGGGAUCAUCAGAGAAGUUCCGGGAGGAACGAUCGGAUACAAAUGCUGCGACAGAAGGAUGAGAUGGAGAGGAAUCAGAUCGCUUACGCGGACGUGAAGAACGAGAGGAUCGACGGCCACGUGAUCGUCGAUCGAUUGUGCGCGAUGGAGAGGCUUUGUAACGAGAGGAUCGAGAAUCGAUCGAACUCCGGUGUCGAUUCGUGCAAUUCGAAUGCCGACGAGGACCCGACCAGCAUCGAGAUGGACAGCGGGCUUCAAGGGGAUAGGGAAAAGGACGACGGGAUGCUGGCCGGUGAACGGGUGACGACGUUACACCCGGACAGACGGUACGACCUUGGAUGCAGAAACGUCAUGCACACGUCCGACGAGAUGACGAUUCAAGGGGAGAGAGAGGUGGCGGUUGAGCGUGUCGUCGACAGGAUAGGUGAGAGAACGAUCGCCUGUUCCUGCGGGGAUGAACAGUGCUUAGGACCCGCAUGCAGGACCAUCCAGGAGAAGGAAAAGCCGCAGCUCAAGUUCAGCGUCAACGCUAUACUCGGUGGCAAUCAUGACAGGCGACCACAUUCCGAGAAUUUUCAAAGUCUUCCUCCAGAAGCGAUACCCGCGUUCCUACAAAAUUUGCAAAAUUCGGCGAAUUACAACAUUGCGAAACCCAUCGCAAGACCGGCAGCUUACCAUCCGUAUCACAGGCCCAGUCAUCAACCACCUCAACGCCAUUUACCCCCGAAUGCGCAUCAUACGUUACAACAACUGUUCUACAGAGGACCGUAUUUAACAGUUGCCAGUUCCGGAACUGGAGGUCAUCAUCCCGGUGCUCCAGGUGGAGGUACAGCGUUUCCAGGUGCGAUUCAAGGUGGCCUCGGUGAUUUUGCCAGCACAGGAUUGGUGUUUCCAUGGGCGACAAACGCUCGUGGAAAGCCGCGCAGAGGAAUGAUGAGAAGGGCGGUCUUCUCGGAUCUACAGCGACGCGGCCUUGAGAAAAGGUUUCAGAUACAAAAGUACAUCAGCAAGCCGGACCGUAAGAAAUUGGCUGAGAAACUCGGUCUCAAGGAUUCUCAGGUGAAAAUAUGGUUCCAAAAUCGACGGAUGAAAUGGCGGAACAGCAAGGAGAGAGAAUUGCUGGCAACAGGGGGUUCACGAGAGCAAACGUUGCCAAACAAGAACAAUCCAAAUCCUGACUUAAGCGACGCUGAUGGAGACAGACCAAGGAUGGAUUUGAGUGAUGUGAGUCCAUUGACGAGUCCUCAACGACCGGAAGAGCAAACGGAGAACGAAGAGGAUGAGGAAAUCAACGUCACGUGAUGAAAUUCUAGCCGAGGUCCUGACAGGGACAUGUUUGCUCGAUGGACUCACGACUCAGGAUUCAUGGAGAACACUUAGCGAACGAAGAAUCGGGUGCAGAGACACCGACAGAGGGCCCCGGGGCUUUAAGACGAUAUUACUGAAAAUUGAAAAUAUCGGUGUUACAGAUUUUUUAUGCUAUUCGGCGCUAUUUUUGAUCGAUCAAACCGCUUUUUCAUCGAAAUCUAAAUAAAGUCAGCAUAGUUUUUAUGAUUGGUGUGAUUAGAUCUUUUUGAAAUGGAGAAUGUUAGUGUUGCUAGAUUUGGUGAUUUGAGGAUUUGUGGAUUUGGGGACUUGGGGACUUUGGAAUUUCGGGAUUCAGAGAUUUAAGGA